CCGACUGCGCAUGCGCAGGCGUCUCAUGUCCGCGGCCCCGCGUCGCCGACAGUCGUCGAGCUUCAUGGCCUGAGGACAGAGACGUGGGUGUGAGGGAAGAAAAGUUUCCCCCCAGCAGCAGCAGGCGAAAAAAUAAAACCCCAGGCGCGGAGAAAGCACCGCGGAAUCCUCUACCCCAACCCUUACAAAGAUGGAGAAGAAAUUUGCGGAGAUAGACAAGGAAAGCCGCUGGCCUCAGUCUUAUCUGGAAAUUCGAAAUGAGUCCCAGGACUUUCCCUAUAAAGUAGCCAAAUAUCCAGAAAACCGAAGUCGGAACAGAUACAGGGAUGUCAGCCCUUUUGACCACAGCCGUGUUAAGCUUCAGAAAGCAGAUAAUGAUUAUAUCAAUGCAAGUCUAAUUAUCAUGGAAGAGGCCCAGAGAAACUACAUUUUAACCCAGGGUCCACUUCCCAAUUCAUGUGGACAUUUCUGGCAAAUGGUAUGGGAACAAAAAAGCAGAGCAGUUGUGAUGCUCAAUCGUGUCAUGGAAAAGGGAUCAGUAAAAUGUGAAAAGUAUUGGCCAAGCACGAAAGAGGAAACAAUGUCAUUUGGAGAUACUGAGUUCAGUUUAAGAUUGUUAUGUGAAGAUAUAAAAUCAUACUACACUGUGCGGCAGCUGCUAUUGCAGAGAACCUCUACUGGAGAGACGCGAGAAAUCUACCACUUUCAUUAUACCACUUGGCCAGACUUUGGAGUACCUGAAUCCCCUGCUUCAUUCCUAAAUUUUUUGUUCAAAGUGAGAGAGUCUGGCUGCUUGAACUCUGAUUGUGGACCUGCUGUAGUUCACUGCAGUGCAGGCAUCGGAAGAUCUGGUACUUUCUCUUUGGUCGAUACCUGCCUUGUUUUGAUGGAAAAGCGCAAAGAUCCCUCUUCUGUGGAUAUCAGAGAAGUACUGUUAGAAAUGAGAAAGUAUCGGAUGGGACUCAUACAGACUCCAGAUCAAUUGAGAUUUUCAUACAUGGCAGUUAUAGAGGGAGCAAAAUGUAUCAUGGGAGACUCAUCAGUGCAGAAAAGAUGGAAAGAACUUUCCAAUGAAGACCAGGAACCUGUACCAGACCAUGCGCCUCCACCUCCCCAACCUCCAAAGCGAGCCCUUCCGCGGCAUAAUGAGAAUAGGGUCCCUCAUUUAUCAGCAGAGGAAGCAACUGAUGCAGAAAACAACAUUUCCACAGAAGAAAGUUCUGUACAAGAAAAGAAAGAUAUCAAAACAAAGUAUGUAAAUAAUGUUCGUAAACGACACCGUGAGGAUCGGAUAGCAAGUACAGCGCAGAAAGUACAGCGAAUGAAACAGAAGCUUAAUGAAACCGAGGUGAAACGAAAAAGGUGGUUAUAUUGGAAACCUAUUCUCAUUAACAUUGCUGCAGUUACUACUCUUGCAAUUGGAGCUAUUGUUUGUUGCUCUAUGUAUUAUCAGUGAUCAAUUUGUAACUUCAUUUAAUGGCAUACAGUAGCAUAUCACAUCUGAGACUUCAGAUGCUGAGGAAUGGCACCUCCCCUGCACAAGAACUGAAUGUUUUUUCAGGAUUGACAGGUCAGAAAAGAAUGCACUAGGGUGGAGCUAACUGUUUAGUUUUAUUCAAAAGUUUGCAACAUAGAUUCUCAGGUACUUGUACUGUCAGAUGUUUGAAUAAUCAAAACCACCAGACAAAAAAAAAUCCUGUUGUAAAUAAAUUAUCAGACCUGUGCUGCAAUAAACAUUUGGUUAAAAGUUGUGCUUCCAUUAAAAGCAGUCUUUCUGUUCUUGAGAUUUUCCAAAAGGAUGUUGAUGUUUUAUUUUUGCUCCAUGUGGCUCACCUGUACCCAGUCGCCUGGGCAUUUUGCAAAGCUCAUUUAAUUUGGUAGGAAGGUUUAAAUAUCCAUGCCCAUAAAUUUUAAACCAGCAAGGAACAGAAACCAACUUCUUUGCAUGCCUUGCCGCUGGGUUCUUUACUGCUUUAGCCUACUGAUGUUCUGCAUUUUUUCCAAACUUUUUUCCGAUCAGAAAAAUUCCUGUGCACUUAAAACAUUUGCUUGGAUUAAAAAUAUCAUCUCUGGCUUAAAAAUUUCAAAGUUCAUUAUUUUAAGUCAAAUAUUUUUUUCCAUUUUGUUGUUUAUAGUCCUGUAUGUAGAGUACAGCUAUUUGUUUGGGAAAGGCAUUUGGAAGUCUUUUGAAAUACACUUUUUAAUUUUCUAAACAAAGUGAUCUAAUUACUGUUGAUUACUUACUGUAUCAUUGUGGAUGUCUAAAAUACUAGUUAAUUCCUUAACCCAUAGAGGUUUCCUUCAAAAAAGCAGACUUCUUAAUUUUCUGUCACCAAGAUUUUCACUUUCACAGUCCUGUGAAGUAUAUUUCUCAACUUUUACCUGGAAAUUUUCAAUGCAAUUCUUAUUUAGUUCACAGGCAUAAAAUACCUUUAGAGAUAUGUCCUGUUUUUAAUUUACUAGAAGUACUCAUUCUUUUGUAAAGAGAUUGAUGCAUAAAUGCUGGCAGGACAUCCAAAGUUGCUUCUGUGGGUUAAUGAGUUGAGAAGUGUUUCUUGCUAGUGCUGGUUAAUGAUGUGACUAUCCCAAACUGAAACAACCACACUUGUGUAUUGGGCAGGAAAGGGGUAAUCUGUUGAAAAUAACAUGAUCAAAUUUAAAAUUUGUGACAGCUUUACAUUCCAGAAAGACUGGCUGAAUAAAAUUUGCUGUGGAGUAGUAUCGUAUUAUAUUGUACAUCUGUGUUGGAGAUGAUACAUCAUACUAUAAGGGUUCUUGUAAACUAUGUCAGAACCUGACAUAAUUGUGUUGACCUCACUCUGCAGUGUACUGUUCUAUUACUGAAUCACCGCCACUUGAUAUGAUUAGUGAGCUUUGUAAAUAGAUGAACAUUUUAGUGAUGGAAAUCUGGUAUUGCACAUUACAGAUUAUUAUUUAUUGAUGUGUCCCUUGAAUUUCAGAAUAUUUAUGCACGUCUUCAAAAGAGAAAAUACUGAUUUUUAUUUUUUGGGCCAGACUUUUCUUCCUCCAAACUUGAGGAGAGGGGGCUAAUGGUAGGAAAGAAGUUCUAAGCCUUGAAAAUCAUGCACUAAUGCUGAAAAUGGCUUGUACCAAAAUCAUGAGUAAUAACUAGCGACCAUAAGCAGGAUGUAUUGCAUUAAGAAUAUCCAGCACUGUUCUUUGCAUUGAAGCCAAGUAUUUUAUGCCCAGUUUCAUGAAUGUGACGGGUGACAUUAGUCGGCAAUGCUUGAUCUUCAUGUAUCGGAUGAGCAAUCUUCUUCUUGUCAGUGAUUCAGGACAAAGUCUGUUCGGCAGAACUUGAGGCUGAUGUUAUUAUGUAACAGACAUGUGAUUUGCAAGUUUAUCACUUGAUCAGCCAGUGGCUAGAAGCCAUACAAAUUUGUGCCUAACGCUCUCUCUGUUGGUCUGAGCCCAGAGCUGUCACUUGCUCUUAUCUACAAUAAAAGCAAAAUUGCUGGGAAUAAUAUUAGUGGUGUGUGAUCAGAAAACAUACUUAAAAUUAAAUGUUAAAAUAGGAACAGAAAUUGAAAUGUGUAUUUGAUGUGAAAUAUCUCAGUUCAUUUGUUUAAAGUAGUUAGAAGGUUUGUUCCCAGCUCUUAAUGUUUGGAAGACUUCUUUAACUUGCACUCAUCUUGCUUGAGCCUAGUGGGUUAUACAAGGAUGAUUGUGAAACUGCCAGUAUUAGAUAUUCUAAAUUAAAAUUAAAGAUUGAGAUACCUUUGGACUCUGAAGAUAACUGUAGGGGAAGUUCUAGAUCAAAUGGAGUACAACUUGGGUGUGUGACCUGAAAAAAAUUCUAAUGACACAGAAGUUCAAGCGGGUCCAAAGGAAAUUAGGAGCACUGCCUGAAACAUCCUUCAAGUGUUAAGCUAUUAUAGAGCUGUGAGGGUAAAGCUGGAGAAAUUCAGAUGCUAUUAUUGAAAAAGUGUAGGAUUUCUUGAGAUUGACAAAUUAAAAUCUCAUGAAUUUAUGAAAAGAAAAAUAGAUGCAAUUUUAAAAUGCACUAAACUUCACCCUUUAAUGAGCUUGGCUACAAUUUUGUAUGAUAUAGUGGUAAAUAAAGAUUUACAAGCAAGUACAAGUUCAAAUAAUCAACUCGUGAGAUUUGACAUGAAAAUACCAUGUAAAUGUCGUAGUGUUAUAUUGAAUCAUCUAGUUUAGUAAGCACUCUGCUGGUGGAUCUAAUACUGAUUUUUUAAAAAAGGAAAAACGAGUAGAAAAGCUUGAUUGCAGUUUAUUCUGAGUUAUCAGUUUUAUUUGUUCUUUAGUUUUCUCUCCUGUAUUCCUCUCCUUUACCUGAAUGGCUUUCAAACCAAUUGCAUAUCAAAAGGAAGAAAUAGAGACUUGCAUUUAUAUAUUGCCUAUUAUGAGCCCAGGACCUUCCAAAAUGCUUUUCAGCCAGUGAAGUAAUCCAUAUGUUCUUGUUUCCUCAAUAAUUUAAAAUAUUUGACCUUGGUAACUAGAUUCUUCUGAAAUAGUUCCUUUCUUAUUUUAUCAUUGGCUGUUGCACCCUGGGAAACAUCCCAACAUGGGCUUUUAAAAUCUUUAAAGAUAUGAAGGAACGUAAUUAUCUUCAGUUAUUUUGUGAAAGGAACAAAUGGAGAUUGUUUAUUUGACUUACUGAGUUAUUAGGUUGACCAUCAAAAAUAACGACAAAAAUUUGGCAUGUUGAGCUGAGAUUUUUCCAGUUAUUUCCAUUCAUAUUUUCAUCAAAACUGCUCAUGUCAAAUUUAUUGUUAAACAUUAAUAAGUAAAGGAUGUGCUGCAAUAAUAAGUCAUGCCAGUAAACAGGAACAUCAUGCACAAGGAUUUUAAUAUAGGUUUUGGUUCCAGUUUCAAACGAUAUGAUUAAGUUUGAAUUCAAAUCUGUAAGGAAUUAAGUUUCUUUUCUGAUAAGUUAUUUAAGUAAACAACACAUUAAAAGCAAAAUGU